AUGACGUCAAACUCAUCUUCCUCGAUGAGGGGCUUGACGCAGUACAUCGCCGACUUGCGAGCAUGUCGUGUCCGCGAGCUCGAAGAGAGGCGCAUCAACAAGGAGAUGGCUCACAUCCGUCAAAAGUUCAAAGAUGGCCAGCUCGACGGCUACCAAAAGAAAAAGUACCUCUCCAAGAUUGUUUUUACCUACAUCCUCGGCUACCAGGUCGACAUUGGUCAUAUGGAAGCGGUCAACCUCAUCGCCAGCCACAAGUACUCGGAGAAGCAGAUCGGCUACCUGGCGAUCACGCUGCUCAUGCACGAGAACUCGGACAUUGUUCGUCUCGUCGUUAACUCGAUUCGCAAGGACUUGGAUGAGAUCAGCGAGGUCAACAACUGCUUGGCUCUGCAUGCCAUCGCCAAUAUUGGCGGUGUCGAGAUGGCCGAGGCGCUGGCGGGGGACGUGCAUCGUCUGCUCAUCUCGCCAACGUCGCGCAGCUUUGUCAAGAAGAAGGCCGCACUCACGCUCCUGCGUCUCUACCGCAAGCAUCCCGAGGUGAUCCCAGCAGAAGACUGGGCGCUGCGCAUCAUCGCCAUCAUGGACGAUGACAAUUUGGGUGUGGCGUUGGCUGUCACCAGCCUGGUCAUGACCAUGGCACAAGACCAUCCGGAAGCGUUUGCAAGUUCGUACCAGAAAGCGGUCCAACGCAUGCAUAGGAUCGUGGUGGAGAACGACUUCACCGCGGAAUAUGUCUACUACAAGGUGCCCAUUCCGUGGCUCCAGGUCAAGCUGCUGCGUCUGCUUCAGUAUUAUCCAAGCCCAGACGAUCCAACACUUCGUAAGACCAUCGAGAAGGUUCUCGACGCGAUCAUCAACAACUCGCAGGACAGCCCGAAGAAUGUGCAGCACAACAAUGCGCAGAACGCCAUCUUGUUUGAGGCCAUCAAUCUGGCCAUCCAGCUCGACACUGAGUCCGCAGUGGUCUCCAAGGCGGCGGUUCUACUGGGGCGCUUCAUCCUGUCGCGCGAGACAAACGUGCGCUACUUAGGACUGGACACCAUGGCGCAUCUGGCAGCGUGCGCCGAGAGCUUGGAGCCGAUCAAGAUGCACCAAAACACCAUCAUCCUCUCGCUGCGCGACAAGGACAUUUCGGUGCGUCGCAGAGGUGUCGACUUGCUCUACAGCAUGUGCGACGUGACCAACGCCAAAGUGAUUGUCUCGGAGCUGCUCAAAUACAUGCAAAUCGCCGAUUAUGCGCUAAGGGAAGAGAUGGUGCUCAAGAUCGCCAUCCUAACGGAAAAGUUCGCCACCGAGUACAGCUGGUACGUCGACACGAUUCUGCAGCUCGUCAGCUCUGCGGGAGACCACGUGAGCGAAGAGGUGUGGUACCGCGUGAUCCAGAUCGUGGUCAACAACGAAGACGUGCAAGAAUACGCCGCCACCAAAGUGCUCGAGCAUCUCAAGUCGUCGACGUGCCACGAGAACAUGAUCAAGGUGGGUGGCUACAUCUUGGGCGAGUUUGGGCAUUUGAUCGCCAACGAUCCGGGAGCAAGUCCCAUCGAGCAGUUCCACACGCUGCACUCACGAUCGCAUCUGUGCUCGCAGUCGACGCGCGCAUUGCUGCUGUCGACGUACGUCAAGUGGCUCAACUUGUUCCCCGAGAUUCGCGAGCAGAUUCUGUACGUGCUCAACAGGUACAGGCACGUGUUGGACGCCGAGCUGCAGCAGCGGGCGUGCGAGUACGUGGCGCUGGCAGAGAUGCCGGACGACGAUCUGUUGCAAACUGUGUGCGACGAGAUGCCGCCGUUUGCGGAACGGUCGUCGCUGCUUCUGAGUCGACUACACAAGAAGCACACGGAUACCGAAGACAAGAGAACGUGGAUCAUCGGCGGUAAGGAUACGAAUCGCGGCAGAGAGCAGGCUCGAUUGGAGAGUCUCAAGAAGGGGAAAGCGAAUGGAGGAGCUAUGCCAACAGGCAACGCUGGAUCUGUGAUUCCAGCAGGACACCGCAGCGAGGCGGUAACGGCCGAUUCGAUGCGCAACGGUGCCAACGAGGACGCGGACAACGUGCUGGCCGGGUUGGAGGGGCUCGAUAUGAGCGCGCCAACGCCAGGACUUGAAGACACUGGUCUGUUGUCGGAACAGCCCUUGAUCGCUGACGAUUCAGCGGCCAGCACUCCAUCGGUGGGAACCGCGUCGACGCCGCUCAACACCAAGCCGCUGACGGCAGGCGCAGAUAAAUUCUUCCAGCGUCUUUGCUUUGCUCCUGAGGGCGUACUGUACGAAGACGGACAGAUCCAAAUCGGCCUCAAAACCGAGUAUCACGGACACCAGGGUCGGCUGGCUCUCUACUUUGGCAACAAAAUCGCGGUCAACUUUAACUCUUUUACCGUCACUGUACGGUCUCAAGAUGCUGCUAGCUUGAGCGUAGCGCUGCCCAAGAUUCCGACCAACACGCUGGGGGCCAUGACGCAGGCACAGACGCUGGUGCUGUUGGAGUGCAAGGACCUUUUCACGCAACCGCCCAUUCUGGAAGUGUCGUACCUGGCGGGUUCGCUACAGGAGAUCCGACUGCGCCUGCCCGUGCUGAUGACCAAGUUCGUCGAGCCGGUGCAGCUGGCGGCCACGGACUUUUUUGAACGGUGGCGGCAGAUCGGUGGACCGCCGAGGGAGGCCCAAAAGGUUUUCUCGUUCAAGCUGUCGCCUUCGGGUGAAGUGGACGUGACGAGGCAGCGAAGGGUGUUGGAAGGGGCGCGCCUGCAGGUGCUGGAUGGCGUGGAUGCGAAUCCGAACAACUCCGUGGCAGCCGGCGUGCUGCACAUGGCGGAUGCGGGCAAAGUCGGAUGUCUGUUGCGGCUGGAACCGAACAAGGAUGCCAAGUUGGCAAGGCUGACGGUGAGGACGACGAACGAUCUGGCGAGUGCCGAGAUGCUGAGGGUCCUGUUGGCCGUGUUGGCUGUAGACCAGGGCAAGCUCUGA